ACCUUGUAGGAGUGUUCACUCUGUGUUCGACUUUUCCUCGCAAUAAGUAAUUAACAAUUCCCUGGCAUCACUGGCAUCACUGCUGAUGCUAUAUUGUUGUCUCCAAAACGUCUCCAACAGCUCCAACAACUAUCUCCUAUCCUGUGUUAGCAUUAAAAUGAAGCAUAACAAGUGGUGAAAUAAUAAUCAAUUGAUAGAACAAAAUGUUAAACCAAGCAGUCGUUGAAGCACUCUAUUCUGCCACAUAUAUUGAGAAUUACCUCGAUUGCGUUGAAAAUCUUCCAAACGACAUUCAGCGAUAUGUAUCUCGUUUACGUGAGCUUGAUGCCACAUGUCAGACCUAUCUCCGAGAUGUUGAUCAACAGCAGGAGCUACUGAAAAUCGAUACCGAUAUAACAUUACGUCGACGAGCCCUGUUGCGAGUCCAACAAUCCCUCAUAGCAGCUCAGGAAAUUGGUGACGAGAAACUCCAAAUUGUCCAACAGAUUCAGGACCUCAUUGAGAAUAAAUCUCGGCAAUUAGACCUAGAUUACCGUAAUUUAGAUUUUGGCAAGGAACAGGAGAAUAAUGAUACGAAUCGGGAAUCUGCCACAACGACGAAUUCCACAGCGACAGCUAAUUCUAAUAACGUAGAACGCCAGCCCAAACGUGCGAGGAGAACUCGUACAGACAAUCUAACAGACUCGAGUGGACUUGAUAUGAUGGUAAUGUCAGAGAAUCGCUCCACUGGUUUAUCAAAUACAAGCAAUGGUAAUCAAAAGAAAACGACCGCAGCAGCAGCUGGCAAGAAAAAGAAGCGAAAAUCCCGUCAAGGCAAUCAACAGAAUCAGCAGCGAGAGGACACACCGCCACCCAUUGAUGACGAUAUUCAGGUCGACCCGGAUGAACCAACUUAUUGCCUGUGCGAUCAAAUAUCCUAUGGCGAGAUGAUUCUCUGUGACAACGAUCUCUGUCCAAUCGAGUGGUUCCACUUCUCCUGCGUUUCAUUGAGCACAAAGCCCAAAGGUAAAUGGUUCUGUCCGAAAUGUCGAGGCGAUAGACCAAAUGUUAUGAAACCCAAGGCACAAUUUUUGAAAGAGCUCGAGCGUUACAAUAAAGAGAAGGAGGAAAAAUCGUAGCAGGGGCAGAAUGAACUAAAUGAAAAUGGAUAAUAAUAACAGUAACAACAACAGCAACAACAAUGAUAAUAAUUGAUUAAUCAGAGUCCAUUCCAUACUACACCUACAGACGACAUUAUUCAAACUCUCAUUCAAACGUACUUCACAAUAAUAGUUGAAUAAUUAUUGUGCGAUUAGAAAUAGUCUAACAAGAUGGGUAAAAAUUGUUUCCUCUAAUCAUCUAGUUGUCACACAGCCUCACAGUGACAGUAUUAUUUUAUAUCGAAUAUAUGUAAAGUUCAAGGAAGAGGUUUUCAUAUGAUAUUUAAAAUAUCUCAAUUGUAGAUAAGCAUUACAUGUAUUUUAACAAAUUCAUCAUCAAUUAAUUAACAUACUAGGAUUUAUUUUUGUUUUUUAUUCAUUCAAUAAAGAUGUUGCCUUAAUUUCCUAAUGAA